AUGGAAGGCAAAAGAAGCCAAAAUAAAGCCAAGGAUUGGAUGGAAGUUGAACCCAGACCUCCUGAUUACCGCUUCAAGUUUCGAAAGCCUUGUGUUCUUUUACGAGCAGCUGAAAGGAAGUUUGUGGCAGAGCGAUCGAGGAAGGUGCGUGUCUUGUGUUGGAUCUUGACUCAGCCAGAAAAUCACGAGAAGAAAGCCAAGCACGUGAAAGCAACCUGGGGAAAACGAUGCGAUCAGCUUUUAUUUAUGAGCACCAAGGAAGAUCCAUCGUUGCCUUCCGUGGCAUUGAAUGUGAAGGAAGGUCGGCAAUAUCUGUUGGACAAAUCACAUGCGGCCUGGAAAUACGUGUACCAGCAUCAUCUUAAUAAUUCGGACUGGUUCCUCAAAGCAGAUGAUGACACAUAUGUCGUCAUGGAGAAUCUCCGCUACAUGCUACACAAUCACGAUUCUUUGAAACCUGUUUACUUUGGCUGCCGCUUCCAUGGUUUCAUGAGCGGGGGUGCAGGAUAUGUGCUGAGCCGUGAGGCAUUGAAGAGACUCGUGGAGAAGGCUUUUCAAAAUCCGAAGUCCUGUCCUCUUCAAGGGAAGGGUGAAGACGUUUCCAUCGGGGAAUGCCUGUCUGCAGUGGGAGUGAAGUCCGGUGAUUCCCGGGACGAGUUGGGGCGCUGGCGAUUCUUCCCCUUCACUCCAGAGAUUCAACUCAACCCAAUUGCAGACUACCGCUAUGACUGGUUGUUCGAAUUCACCCACUACAAAUACACGGAAGGACCCGAGUGUUGUUCAGACACGGCCGUCUCCUUCCAUUAUGUCUCCCCCACUCUCAUGCACGCUCUGGAGUAUCUCGUCUACCAUUUACACCCAUAUGGCACCCCCCUUCUCACCCAUCAUGAGAAUGUUGCGACCUGGAAUCGCCUGGGUAGUUAA